GUGUUUAUUGUUGUUGUUGUUAUGACGAGUGAAACGUGUGUACAAAGAAAUUUGGUCAAAAUCUUUUUAAACCGGUUUUGAGUUACUUUAACGCAAACUAAAAAAAACAAAAAAUUAUUACUCAAGAGUAAAAUAUCCAGUUUUAGUAGGUUCAAUGUAUUCAAAAUUCUUCGCAACAACAAUAAAUUACUAAAGAAAACAAUAACAGCAUCUGUGGUCAAGCUAAAAAUAAAAAACACAACGAAUUUUUUAUAUAUUUUUUACACUGUUUGCCUGCCCUAGUGAUAAGUUUCGCAUAUCGGUUGUUUAGCCGAUAAAGUAUUUUUUACACAUGUUAUCAGCCAGAGAUCAAUUCUUUUCUACUACGGCGCCUUCAACGGCCGCUAUGGGUUUGGGUCUUGAAGUUGUCAGUGAAUCGCAGCCUCCAGUUUAUAACACCACAACAAUGCCUUUGCUAACAUCAAAUGGUCACCUGGACUAUAAAAAUGGCGGACGUACACCCGCAAAUUCACCCGUCGAAACACAGGCACCAACACUCAAAUCAGAAAUGGCCAAAGAUAAUGGACGUUUUUCGAAUUUACCCACUCGUGAACCGAUCGAUAUGGAAUUUAAAAAUCUAUCGUUAACAGUUAAUUUGGGAUUUAGAAGAGGAAACAAAGAAAUUUUACACAAUGUUUCGGGAAAAUUUCCCGGUAGUCAAUUAAUUGCCAUUAUGGGACCUUCGGGAGCUGGUAAAUCUACACUGUUAGAUGCACUAUCUGGUUUUAAGACAACCGGAGUAAAUGGUUCCUUAUUGGUGAAUGGAAGACGUAGAGAUUUGGCCACCUUCAGACGCAUGUCCUGCUAUAUAACACAAGAUGAUCGUUUGCAGCCAUUGCUGACCGUUAAUGAAAAUAUGCACAUUGCAGCUGAUCUUAAAUUAGGACCCAAUGUUUCCUAUGAGGAAAAAGAAGCGAGAAUAGAAGAUAUUUUAUUAUUGCUGGGCUUGUAUGAACACGAUCAAACCAUGACAAAACGAUUAUCGGGAGGACAAAAGAAGAGGCUUUCUAUAGCAAUGGAACUUAUUAAUAAUCCAACUGUGAUGUUUUUGGAUGAACCUACAACAGGUCUUGACAGCAGCUCUUGUACCAAAGUUUUAGAAUUAUGUAAAAAACUUGCCCAACAAGGACGUACCAUUAUCUGUACUAUCCAUCAACCCACUGCCAAAUUAUUCCAAAUUUUCGAUCAAGUUUAUGUUUUAGCUGCUGGUAAUUGUGUCUACCAGGGCAGUACCGAAAGAUUGGUGCCAUUUUUACAAACUGUCGAUUUACCUUGCCCCAUGUAUCAUAAUCCAGCCGAUUACAUCAUAGAAUUAGCCUGUGGUGAAUAUGGCCAGGAUAAGGUGGAAACCUUAAUAUCUGCCUCGGAAAAUGGCAAUUGUUUAACAUGGUUCAAUAAUCCCGAUAGUAUAUUAAAAUCCGAGGAACUAAUGCGUAAAUAUCCCAUACCGAAAAAGACAAAGAAACGUUCCUUGGAAGAUACUAGUUUUUUCAAUCAACUAUCGGUGCUUAUGCAUCGUGGUUAUAUCAAAGCUAAACGUGAUACUACUUUAACACAUUUACGAAUUGGUGUCAAUGUUUUUGUGGCCAUUAUAUUGGGUGCCGUGUAUGCCAAUUCGGGCAAAGAGGGUUCUCGUGUUAUAGACAAUUAUAAUUUAUUAUUUGCGAUAUUAAUUCAUCAUUCCAUGACAACUAUGAUGUUGACAGUCUUAACAUUCCCCAUUGAAAUGUCUAUAUUAUUGAAGGAACAUUUUAAUCGUUGGUAUUCUUUAAAAGCCUAUUAUACAUCAAUCACUUUGCUAGAUCUUCCCAUAUCGAUUGUUGGCAGUUUAUUAUUUACCAUUAUUAUUUAUCUAUGGAGUUAUCAGCCCAUGGAAUGGUUUAGAUUUUGGAUGUUCUUUGCCAUUAGUGUUCUUACCGUAUUUGUGGGUCAAAGUUUUGGUCUAAUGAUCGGUGCCUGGUUCGAUGUAGUGAAUGGUACUUUCUUGGCUCCUGUCCUAACCAUACCCAUGAUGAUGUUUGCUGGUUUUGGUGUAACACUACGUGAUAUGCCCGGCUAUUUACAAUGGGGCAGUCAUAUUUCUUAUCUGCGCUAUGGUUUAGAGGGUUUUGUAGGUGCCAUUUGGGGUGAAAAUCGUGGUACAUUGGAGUGUGAAGAAGCACCCUACUGCCAUUAUCGUUAUCCCCGUAAAUUUUUGGAAGAAAUUACCAUGCGUGGCGAUCAGUUUUGGAAUGAUAUUAUUGCUUUGUGCAUAAUUGUUCUGAUAUUUAGAAUAGCUUCAUUUGUUAUACUUAGGGCCAAAAUUAAGUCGGUUAAGUAAAUAGUUCUUUUUUUACAUUUAAUUUGUUGUGUGCAAUAAAAUAAUUAAUGCAAUGCUAAAGUGUACAUAUGUAAUUAUGUAUGUAUGUAGUUUAAAUUUAU